ACAACUGACAGCAAGUGAAAAAUCCAGUAGCAAAAGCAAUUUUAUUGCAAAAUAUUUAAUUAUUCAUACAUUUUAAGCAAAUAAUUAAUAAAUAUCAGACGAAUAAAUAACAAAAGCAACAAAUAAAAUGUCUAUAAUUAAAUAAAAAGUGUAUAUGUAGCAAUUAAACAAUAAAGAAACCUUAAAAAUCUAAAAAAAUUCAAGUGUCGUAUAACAUUGGCAAUGAAAUAUGAAAACUACACCCACUCUACUAAUGUUCACUUGGAAGAAAUGAGAGAAUUGAAAAAAUAAACAAAGUGUAAGACGAAAAAAAAACAACAAUAUUUAAUAAUAAUAAUAGUUAAAUACAAAACAUCUACUUAGUAUAGAUAAACAAUUGAGAUAUUGGGAAAAAAUUGUUACAUGUUGGUGAAUACUAAGUAAUCCAAAGAAAGCAAGCGAAUUUUUAAUAACAAGAACAACAACAACAAUAACAAUACAUUGAAUUUUUAACAAUAGAAAGUGAUUACUCAAGUGUUUGACUAAGAAAAUAAUACACACAUUAAUAAAACUUACCUGAUAGAUGGUGGCUAUUAAAUUGUUGUUGCUGUUAAAUUAGCAAAUACCUAAAUAACAACUAAACUAUUUAUACAUUUGAAAUAUAAAUUAUAAAAGAAACAUCGAUACAAUGACGUCUUUGGGGGGAGCAGCGAUACCCACAAUAUCAGCGGCUGUUUCCACUUCCAGCUUAUCAACAAAGUCAUCGCGAAACAAUUCUAAUGAUGCAUUAAAUUCUAACUUUGACAAACAGCAACAACAGCAACAACACAAUCUAACCACUAAACAAAUAAUACAACAAAAAUUAAAAGAGAAUGAAAAUGUUUUAUCGAUAUUUGAAGCAUAUCAAAUUGUAGGCCAACAGCAUACUAGCCGUCUUUUGUGUUUGGUGGUCUCGGUUGCGGGUGGUACUUAUGCCGUCUUCUCCAUGACUGCUGCUCGUUUGCCUUUGAGGAACUCUAAUGAUAUUACAAUCGAUAAAGUUUUUCCUUUAAAUGAAACUUUUCAAAUUGGUUAUGAUAAAAAAGGUUCCAUUUCCCAAUUACAAUUUACUUUAAGAAAUGCCGAUGAAACCCCAUCAAAAUACUAUUACUAUCCCAUUAUAACUAAUGAAGAUGCUUCAGAUUUUAAUACAUUUCAAGCACAAAUAAUAUCGGCCAAAAUGUCUAUGUUGCAUACAACGAACGAAAUGAAUACGCUGAGUUUUGCAUGGAUUAAUGACUAUCGUCAGAUAGGCGAGGUUAAACAGGAAAUGAAGCGUAGAGAAAAUGAAUAUAUUAAAUAUAAAGAUUUUACAAUUUACUGUGCCACUUAUAAUGUUAAUAAUAAAUCAUAUUGUGAUUCACCUUUACACUUAUGGUUGGCAGCCUGUGAACAGCCACCAGAUAUCUAUGCCAUUGCUCUACAGGAAUUGGAUACUUCAGCUAAGGCUAUAACGUUUAGUGAAAAUAGACCAGAUGCCUUAUGGAUCACUAAAAUGCUUGAAAGUGUUCAUGAUAAAGGAGAAUAUGAAGAACUUACUUCUGUGCGUUUGGUGGGCAUGAUGUUGACUGUUAUUGUUAAACGUCAAAUACGUUCAUCUAUUACACGCUAUAAUGUCAAGACUAUUGCUCGUGGUAUUUUAAAUGCUUUGGGCAAUAAGGGUGGUGUAGCUGUUAGUUUGCAGUUGAAUGAGGCCAAUUUGUGUUUUGUUAAUUCACAUUUAGCCGCUCAUAUGGGUUUCGUUGAAGCACGCAAUGAAGAUUAUGCUGGCAUUGUUAAGGGUUUGGUGUUUGACGAUGAGCUGCGAAGGACUAUUAAUGAUCAUGAUCACAUAUUCUGGAUUGGUGAUUUAAACUAUCGCAUUGAGGAACCACCCGGUUUACAAUUGCCCAUGUCACGCUCAGCAGCCAAUGCAGCAGAAAUGCUUUUACCCUACGAUCAACUAAGACAAGAAAUGCGUAAAGGCAAUUGUUUCGAAGGUUAUACUGAAGGUCCCAUCAAAUUCCGUCCGACGUAUAAAUAUGAUCCAGGUACCGAUAACUACGAUAGCAGUGAAAAACAAAGAGCUCCAGCCUAUUGUGAUCGUAUAUUAUGGAAGGGAUCACGCAUAGAACAAUUGGCUUAUGACAGUGUUAUGGACAUUAGACAAAGUGAUCAUAAACCAGUGUAUGCGGUAUUUCGAGUAAAUAUUAAGACACGUGAUGAUCAUUUGUAUAAGAAGGUACAUGAAGAAGUUUUAAAAUUGCUCGAUAAACGAGAGAACGAGAGUCAACCUCAGAUAACGGUAGAGAAAACUAUUAUUGAUUUUGGUUUGGUGCGUUUCAAUGAACCGGCUGUUAGUGAUUUUACGGUUUCAAAUGCUUGUCCCAUACCUGUGGAUUUUGAGUUUAAACGUAAAGAUCCUCCUUUAAAUGAUAUCUGUGAGCGUUGGUUGAGAGUAGAACCCAGAGCAGAAGUUUUAAUGAUUGAUUCUACAAAAAGUAUACGUGUUAAAUUAAUGGCCAAUGCUGACUCUAUUACUGGUCUAUUACAUAAAAUACGCACCACUGGCAAUUGGAAAUUUGAUUUUGAUAUCUUGAUAUUACAAGUGAAAAAUGGUCCACAUAUUUUUAUCACUGUAACAGGAGAAUAUAAACCAAGUUGCUUUGGUUUGUCUAUGGAAACUUUAUGUCGUACAGAUCGUCCUUUAUGUGAAUAUGAUCAGCAACAAAUUAAAGAACUGAUGAAUGACAAUUCUCCUGAAUUCCGGGUCACCAUGCCUAGAGAGUUCUUUUUGCUAAUCGAUUAUUUGCAUAAACAAGGCCCCAAAGUUGAGGGAGCUUUUUCUUUAAGUUCCUUGGAAUUUAAACAUGCCAAGGAUAUUAAAUUUAAUUGUGUCAGAGAUUGGCUAGACACUUGGUCUAGUAAUGAAUUCCCUGAUACUCCUCAAGCUGCGGCCGAAGCUUUACUUAUGCUUCUCAAUUUACCAGAGAAGCCUUUACUUGAUCCUUAUGUGGAAGAUCUUUUAAAAACCAAUACCACCGCCGAGGCCAUGGAAUUGGUUGCCCAAUUGAGUUCACCUAAACGUAAUGUUUUUGUUCAUCUUUGCAUGUUCUUAAGAGAGGGUAUUGAACGUAAAUACUACAAUCCCAUGCAUGUGGCCACCAUUUUUGGUCGCGUUUUAUUACGCAGUACUACCAAAUCGGUAGACUAUUAUCGUGAUACACGUUGUCGUGAAUUUAUGCAACGUUUUGUUACCACAGGCAGUGAAAUGGGUACAUUAUCAUCAUCCACUUCCUCCAAUUCGUCCACAUCAUCAUCAUCAACCGCAGCUGCUGUUAGCCAGGCUAAAUCGCCUACAAAUGCUGCACCACCACCACCAUCAUCAUCGUCAACACAUUCUAAUACGGCAUCUGCUUCAAAGAGCAAUUUAGUAGAAAUGACUUAAUUUUUUUCUUUCUUUAAUGUUUAAGUUUUAUUUUUGUUUUCUUUAAGAAAUAUUUAAUAUUUAUUUUUCUUUUAUUCUCUUUCUUUCCAAAGCAAUAUUUAUGUUUAUUUUUUUUUAUUUUAUAGCAUUUCUGAAAAUGAUUUCUUAUUCAUUUUGGGUUUGAUCAUGGAAUUGUUUUUUUUUAAGUAAAUUUCGAAAUAUUUAUUUUAAUUUUAAUAAAAAAAAACAUAAAUUUGAA